CACAAGUUGCGCUGCAAAGUCGAUGCCAUGACCGAGGUCUCAACUGGGCUGGACCAGGUCUUGCGGCCGAGCACGGCGGAGGAGGCACGGGUGCAAGGGGAGGCGCUCCUGAAGGCCGCCUCUCUGUCAGGGGACCACCGGCUCCGCGUGCUGGGCCUUUGCAAGGUGGCCGAAAGCCUGGAGGAUCCCAGGCAGGCGGCGGAGAAGGUUGCCUCUGCGAAGGCCAUUGCAGAGGAGCAGUACCUGGAGGAAGGCCUGGUAGUGGUGAAGCUGCAGUUGGGCAGGAUUUGCGCUCGGCCCGGUGGGGAUGCCGACCAGGCCUUGGACCUGGCGCUGGACGCGCAGCGGGGCUUCCAGCGCCUCGAGUCCCGCGCCGGGGAGGCAGUGUGCAGCCUGCUUCUGGGCGAGGUGCACGCCAUGCAGCGGGAGAAGGACCAGGCGUUGCGGUGCUUUCGGGAGGCCCUGACCAUGUACCGAGAGAUGGGCGACGGCAGCAGUGCGGGACGGGUCUUGCAGCGCAUCGCGCAGGAGCAGCUGGGCUCGGCCAAGGCGGUGGCGCCGGCGCGCAAGGCGGUGGCGGCCUUUCAGGCCACUGGCGAGGCGGGCCUUGAGGCAGAUGCCUGGCUGAUGGUGGCCCAGGC